UAAACCGCGCGGUGGUGGCCUGCUCACCUGAGGUGUUCAGGUGGCAGUCGCCCAGCUGAGUCGCUCAGCGAAGGGCUUGUAACAAGCAUUUUAUAUAGUUUAGUUGCUGCUUUUUAAAAACUACACACUUCAAUAUUAAUUUUCACCCAUGUUACAACACAGUUCCACGUGACAAACACCAUAAAAAGAAAAAAAAAAUAAUAAUAACCAUCGUUUCUUUAAAAAAAAUUAAUUUUUCUGACAAAAAAAAAAAAAUUUUUUUCAACAAGGAUUACAAUUAUUUACAUAAAAAAAAGAGAAAUUUUUUCACAAAAUUUUUUUUUGUGUCCUUAAAGGAGAAUAUUUUUUCAAUCAGGACAAUUUUUCUCUUUUUGUUAUUUUUCCUAGCAAAAGAGGAAGGCAUAGAAAAAGAAUAUAUUUUCUAUUUUGAAAGAAAAUUUUUUCUCUAGAAAAAAAAAAAAAAAAAAAAAAAUUUCUCUCACCUAAGAAAAAAGGAAACAUAAUUUUUUCUUAUGAAAAAUUACCAUUCACCACGUGAGGAUAUUUAUUUCAAGUUGAGAAACAAAAGUGAAGGUUAAUUUGCCGGUUAAAUAAAAUCUGUAUUGGGUUUUGGAAAAUGUGAUUUCCGAUCACGUUGCAAUGGCAUAGGCAAGAGACACGUGCGUUUUCUUGUAUAUUUACAAACGAUGCUUUAAGUGCAAUUUGUGAUAAUUUGCGGGGAGAAAGAGAAAGAGAAAUCGAUUAAAGAAAAAAAAAAUUUAUCGUUAAAAAAAAAUUUCAAAAAAAAGUGCUUUUUUUGUUCCGGUGGAUUAAUAUUAUUGGCUCAAUGAACGGCACAUGAUAUAUAUAUAUAUGUACACUCUGUGGGAAGAGAAGAAACGAGAGCGAAAGGAUAAGUGCGUGUGAUGAUCGGAGACUUUUUGUGACUCGUGUUUCUUCUUUCUUUUUUUUUUUUUUGUUUUUGUUUUGUGGUCCAUUUAAUAAUCAUGAUGGGUGAAGCGAUACGCGUUUCCGGUAGGGCACCGGAUGUGGGUGAUUUUCUUAGGGAAGCUAUGUUAUCACAAAGAUUUGCUGAUGUUACUCUUUGCUGUCCUGGUGGUCCAAGAUUUCUUGCUCAUCGUCUCGUUCUUUCUGCCGCUAGUCCAUAUUUACAGGAGGUUCUAUUGGCGCACAGCAAGGGUAUGGAAUAUUGUGAGCCAAUUACAGUGAUCCUUGCGGAAGUAGAGGGACCGGAACUAGCAGCAAUAUUAGGUUUUGUGUACACUGGAAAUGCGACUGUACCACGACUAAGACUGAACGCUUUUUUACGAGCCGCUGAAGCUUUGCACAUUCGUCUUCCUCCACUACCGAUAUUUAUGAAAAAUGACUGUAAACCCGAAGACAUAAAAGAUGUGAAAAUUAGUACAAAAUAUCUCGAAUGUGAACAAUAUCCAUCAAAUGAAAAAUGGUAUCAUCAUCAUCAUCAUUAUCGUUCACGAAAAACAAUUUCUGAUUACGAUCAAAAUUUCAGUAAAAAGGAAAAAACAAUUUAUUUCGAUGAAUUUACAAAAACAAUUUCACAUCACGAUCCAAAAAUUUAUCGCCGAACAGAUGAACCAAUAAAAUAUCGUAACAAUUAUUUUUUUGAAAGUCAUAUACCAACGGAAUCAACUCCCUAUUGGCAGAUGAGUCAUGAGAAUAUUUUAACAGCAUCAACAACAACAACAACAACAACAACGGGUGCAGAAAAUGAUCAGCAAAGAAAUGUCCCAGAAGACAUGAGAUCAGAUUCAAUAAAAAAUCAAAUUCUCUACUCACCAGAGUCUAGGUAUUGUGAAAGUUUUAUUGGCAAGGAGGAAGGAGGAAGAGGAGGAGGACAUGAAGAAGUACCUGUUGUUGAUGUUUUAAAUGUGUCCUACUUGUCGAAAAGACCCAGUGAACCAAUUUCAACGACAGAUAAUGUCGAUGCACUGAAAAUGCGAAUAUUCAGUGAAUCGUGUAGACAGUCGUCUAAUUGCAAAUCAAGAGACGAUAUUCAUCGUUUAAAUAGCCUUGGUAUUAAUAACGUCACGAUGGAUACAAGUUAUCAUAUUGGCGAAAAAAAUGAACAAGACAAGUUCUUAGAACAUAGAGUGCCACCAUUAUAUUAUACGACAAUUGGAACUUCGAGUAAUAGCGAGAGACUUGAUUAUUCACAAACUGGUGAAGAUUUAACGUGCAGUGAGAGUUGUUGUCAAUGGAAACCACCCAAGAGACAUGUAGCUAAUCAAGUGACAGCAUCGCCAUGGAGACAAUUAACGAGGCCUCAUCAUUCACCUAAAAUUCAGCCUAAUAUUUUGCCAUCACACUUAGAAUCACCCGAACAAAAUGGGAAGUUGCAACAGCAGCAGCAGCAUCUUUUACCGGAACCACAAACGACAGAAUCACGUUCCUGCAGUCCAAUUGACUCCCCAAAACCAUUUGUCGCAGUCAACAAUCAUUAUACUGAACAAGUGUCAACAUCACCUGAAAAAAAAUUCACAAGUGAAGAAGAAUCACACUUGACAAAUCAGGAUAGAAGACAAGAAUUUUAUUUAUCUCCCAUUUCAGGACCAGUUGCUCAACCUGUCAUACUUCCUACAAUUAUUUCAAGAACUUCACAACCUUUUUAUCCAACAAAUACAACACCUCCAUUAUCAUCAAAUAGAUCAUUUUUAAACAAUGAAACAACAACAACAACUAAUACGAGUAUUAUAAAAACAACUCAAAAUUCAAAUAAUCAUGUGAUUCGUCCAAAUCCAAAGAAGGCUUAUUUUGCCAAACAAAAUUGCUCACAAUUAAAUAAUUGUCAAAAACCAGAGAUAUCUCAUCCAGUCAGUAGGCUUUGUGAUUCAAUAAUUCAAACAAAUGAUAAAAUAGUAGAAAAUAAUAAAUCAUCUAAUGAUGGAAAAAUUGAUGCCGAGGGUCAAUGCAGUGAAAAAUUGACAAUUGCAACUGAAUCGAUUGGUAGUGAUAGUAAUAAUAAUAAUAAUGAAGUAACGAACGAUAAUAUUCAUCGUGGAAGAAACAAUAAUAGCGAAGAUCAUCGAUGCGAUCAAUGUGGCAAAACUUUCGUGACGAGAGCAUCAUUAAAGGUCCACAGUAGGACGCACUCAGGUGAAAAGCCGUUUCGUUGUGCCGAUUGUGGUAAGCAGUUUUCUCAGUUACGGAAUUAUAAAUAUCAUCGAAGCGUACACGAAGGUACAAGAGAAUUUGCAGCCACAUGUCCAGAAUGCGGGAAAUAUUUCAACGAUCGUGGAUAUUUGAGCUCCCACAUGAAGAUUCAUCGUAAUCGAAAGGAAUAUGCGUGCGGUGAAUGUGGUAAAAGUUUUAAUCAACGUGUCGCAUAUAAUAUGCAUGUGCGAAUUCAUACUGGCGUUAAGCCACAUCAAUGUGAACAAUGUGGUAAGGCAUUCUCGCGAAAAAUGUUAUUAAAACAACAUUUAAGAACACAUUCAGGUGAACGACCAUAUGAAUGUCAAGUUUGUCAUAAAGCAUUUGCCGAUAGAUCAAAUAUGACAUUGCACACGAGAUUACAUUCGGGCCUUAAACCAUAUCAAUGUACAUUGUGCACUAAGGCAUUUACAAAGAAACAUCAUCUUAAAACACAUCUUAAUUAUCACACUGGCACCAAACCCUAUUCAUGUCCAAAUUGUGGUUUAAGAUUUUCACAAAGUAGCAAUAUGAGAACACAUUAUAAAAAGUGUACAAUCAAUAAUCCAAAUGGAGUGAAAAUAAAUCAAAAUGAAAUAAUUGUCACGACAAAUGGUAUUGUUGAUGAUUCUAAGAUAUUAACGUCAUCUGUUAAAUCGCCUACCGCUUUAACACCACCAAAUUCUGAUCAGGAAUCAAAUGUUGUUACUCCAAUAUCGAGAACGCCAGUGUGAGAAAUGCUAAUCAAUUUUUUUUAGUUUGAAAAAUUUCACCAAUUACUCUUGAUUGAAACUAUCAUUACUUCCAACUAUCAUCGAUUUUAUUUUUUCUAAUCUAUUCGAUAAAUUAAUAUUAAUAUUAAUUAAUUUAAUAGUAAAUAUUAUAUUUAUAUGUAAAUUUAAAUUAAAGAUUGAAAUAUUUUUUAUGUCAAAAAAACUCACCUCCACAAAGAAUCGAACCCUGGUUUUAUGUUACAAGUUAGAAGCUCUAACCACUCGGCUACUGCAAACAUUUGUAAAAACAAUAUUCAAUUAAUGUUAAUUUCAAUCAUUGGUAGUUAUAAAUCACAUAAACUAUAAGUAAUAUUAAUUUGAAAAACUUUCAGUUAUAAAUUUAAUUAAAAAAAAUGUAAAUUAAAAAAAUUUGAAUUUAUCUCGAUUGAGAAAAGGUAAUAAUUAUAUAAAACAUUAAUAUUAUAAAUUCAUUUUCAUCAAGUACACAAAAAAAAAUAUUAAUUUUUCUCGUUAAAAAAAAUGUUAAACAAUUCUCAAACUUCCAUUAAUUUUUUAAUUACGUGCUUUCACUAAGUGUGUGUAUAUAUAUAAAACUAUUUUCAUAUUGGCUAGUUCUGCAUUAAGACUGGUUUUGUAUAAAAUGUAUGAUAAUGGGAUACAGUGGUAACGUGAUACAUACUCAAAACAUGCAAAAGUAAUUUAAAAUAGAUAAGAAAUGCAAUAUAAAAUCUGUAUUUAUUUAUUAGGAAAGAGCUGCCGUUUACUAUUCAGAGGAGCAAUUAUUUAAGUUCCCUCUGCUGUUUUGUAUAAUUAGAGUACUUUUAUUUUCAUAUAUAUGUACGUAUAAUAUGUAAAACAAAAUGUGCCUUAAUUACGCGUUCUCUAUUCUUUUAAUUGUAAA